ACCACCACCACCACCACCACCACCGCUGCUACCGCCGCCGUCGUCGUCGCCGCCGUCGUCGUCGUCGUCGUCGUCGUCGUGUGUGCGGUUAGUGUGACACAGCCGAGCAGUGCUGGCUAUCGUACACUUGGAUCCACCGGCGUGCCCAACUGAUUAACAGACACACACAUACACACACACACACACACACACACACAUACACACCUAUACAGGAUUAACGCGCUCGGCAUGGCUGCCCCAGCCGCCUGCACGCGGUUUAGUGACAACUAUGAUCUCAAGGAGGAACUCGGCAAAGGCGCCUUCUCCGUGGUACGCCGAUGCGUCCAAAAGAGUUCCGGUCUCGAGUUUGCGGCGAAAAUCAUAAAUACGAAGAAACUCUCGGCCAGAGAUUUCCAGAAACUCGAGCGCGAAGCACGGAUAUGUAGGAAAUUGCAGCAUCCAAAUAUCGUGAGACUACACGAUAGCAUACAAGAGGAGAACUAUCACUAUCUUGUCUUUGACUUAGUCACCGGCGGAGAGCUUUUCGAGGACAUCGUUGCGAGAGAAUUUUACAGCGAGGCGGAUGCCUCCCAUUGUAUUCAACAAAUCUUGGAAAGCGUCCACCACUGCCAUUAUAACGGAGUUGUGCAUAGGGACUUGAAACCAGAAAAUUUACUUCUCGCAAGUAAAGCAAAAGGUGCGGCUGUGAAAUUAGCAGAUUUUGGAUUGGCGAUCGAGGUGUCCGGUGAAUCGCAAGCAUGGUUUGGUUUCGCUGGAACGCCCGGUUACCUCAGUCCGGAAGUUUUGAAGAAAGAGCCUUACGGGAAACCUGUCGACAUUUGGGCAUGCGGCGUCAUUCUUUACAUCCUUCUCGUUGGUUAUCCGCCAUUUUGGGACGACGAUCAGCACCGACUGUACGCUCAAAUAAAGGCAGGCUCCUACGAUUAUCCAAGCCCAGAAUGGGACACCGUCACGCCAGAAGCAAAGAAUCUUAUCAAUCAGAUGUUAACGGUGAAUCCAAGCAAAAGGAUUACCGCGAACGAGGCAUUGAAGCAUCCAUGGAUCUGCCAACGUGAGCGUGUUGCAUCGGUGGUGCACAGGCAAGAGACUGUGGAUUGCUUGAAAAAAUUCAAUGCAAGACGCAAAUUAAAGGGCGCUAUUUUGACGACGAUGUUGGCGACGCGGAACUUUUCCAGUAAGUAUGAUGCACAGGGUCGAAGCAUCAUCACGAAGAAGGGCGAUGGUUCUCAGGUGAAGGAAUCCACCGAUAGCAGCACAACGAUCGAGGAUGACGAUGUCAAAGAGGAUAAGAAGGGCGGCGUCGACCGGAGCAGCACGGUCAUUGCCAAAGAACCCGAAGGAUCGGGUUCCGGGGGUGGUGUAACACCGAGCAAUCCAGGAGGUGCACUUUUCUCCUUGGUAGAUAGCACUACGUGCGGUCUCCUCAACAAGCAACCUACUACCAGUCAGGGCCAAGCACAGGCACAAAUUCUAAAUCAGAGCCAAGUUGGUUCGAGUCAAGUGACUGGUCAAGCGACGAGUCAGCCGACGGGUCAGGCUCAAGUACAGCCAACGGCCAGUCCCCUCGGAUUAGCCGCUGUACUCCUUCAGGGAGCGCAAGCUGGCAGCACAGGAAGCGUGGGCAGUGGUUCGAGCAAUUCGAGCGGCAACAGCCAGAACAGUCAAACCGGGGCGUCGCCCUCCUCAACGGCCACGGUUUACCUCAGCAACGCCAACAACGCGCCGACGGGGGUGCCGUCGCGACGCCAUGACUCCUCGGCCACCGAACGAGACGUUCGGCGAGCGGCCGUCUGUGGUGGAGGUCCAGCGCUGAACGCGCAUCAUCCCAUUACGAAUUGCGACGGCGAGCGCGACGACGACAUAAGAAUCGUGUGUCCUAUCAAGACCUGCAGCCAGCUUUCGACGAACUCCCAGUGCUCAGCGCGUCGUCAAGAGAUCAUCAAAAUGACGGAACAAUUGAUCGAGAGUAUCAGUACCGGUGACUUUGAGGCUUACACGAAAAUCUGUGAUCCACACUUGACCGCAUUUGAACCAGAGGCUCUAGGUAAUUUAGUCGAGGGAAUGGAUUUCCACAAAUUUUACUUUGAUAAUGCGGUCCUCGGCAAAAACUGCAAGGCCGUCAACACGACGAUCCUGAAUCCACACGUACACUUGCUCGGUGAGGAUGCUGCGUGUAUCGCUUAUGUCAGGCUGACACAGUAUAUGGACAAGCAAGGGGUAGCACACACUCACCAAAGCGAAGAGAGCCGCGUCUGGCACAAGAGGGAUAACAAGUGGCAGAACGUGCAUUUCCAUCGGAGCGCGGUGACGGGGCCAACGUCGUUCUCCUUCAGCCACAAAUAAACCGUCUGAAUAUUAUAUUAGCAUCAUGCCGGGAUGCUGUUGUUCGUCGCUCCGCAACAUACCAACAACGCAACGUCGCAUCAUCCGGAUUAGAAAGAAGCACGAGAGAAGAAAAGAGACAUAUAUAUAUAUGUAUAUGCACAAACUAUAUACAUAUAUAUAAAUAUAUUUAAGGAGAGAGAGGGAGAGCGAGAGCGAGAGCGAGAGAGAGAGAGAGAGAGAGAGAGAGAGAGAGAGAGAGAAUAUCAGGCGAACGCAGAGCGCGUUUAUGAGCGGCCAGAGACACGGACAUAGCGCGAUGAUGGAAUGGUUUCAAAAAGAAAAAGAAACAAAAAAACGAAAAGAAAUAAAAUAUAAAAGGGGAGGAAAUACCGAGAGAAAAAAUCAGCAGGAUAUAAUUAGCGAGAAAUCAGUCAGUUAGUACUAAGCGCGAUAAAAAAAAAAAAAAAAAAAAAGAAAAAAAAGAAAAAAGCAUAACAAGAAAGAGUAAAUAAAAACAAAUAAUAAAAUGUCUAAUUUUAUUGUAAGGAAUUCCGCGUGCAUUGCGUCACGUGCCUCAGUCUGAAGAAAACGAACGGAAGAAGAAAUAUAAUAAUAGUCGCUGAAGGUCUCGUCGGAUAAUAAUGGAAGCAUCCGAUAAUCCUAUAGGGAAAAUUCCUCAUCGUAUGUUCAAGAAUAACAACAAGAUCCCUACAUAUCUAUCGUCUUCCUUCGCGCUUUCCUCCUGACGAAUUUUCUUCACCUCCGAAAUGGACAGGCAAUGAAGGAUCAAGAACGUACGUUCAAUUUUAUCGGUGAAAAAUUUCCAAAGUCUCAUUAAGAGGUGAUUUCGUUAGAAUGUCAGUUAUAAGUCGGACAUUCCUCAUGAUGCAAUGAGAGUCUUAAUAAUGUAAUCCGGAAAUAUGAUAUAAGGAAUAAAAAGAAAAAGAAAAGAAAAAAAAAAAUGAGAGAGGAAAAAAAUGGAUAGAAAAAAGAAACGAACACGACGGAGUCGAUGUUGCGCGCGAAAUAAGUUAAAAAAAUGAAAAAAGAAAAGAAAAAAAAGAAAGGAAGAAAAGAAAGAAUGAAGAAAAAAAAAAGAAUAAUAAAGAAGGAAAGAAAGGACAGACGAAGCAGAGACCUUUUGCGGCCGCGGAAUUCGCCGCCGUGUACUAAUUUAGCCAUUGUUAGCCAUUGUACAGAGUAUUUCUUCCAUGUCCAAGCUUUUUCUUCUUCUUUUCCUUAUCGUCUCUUAUAGAUCAACGAACGCGUGCCUCCGUUUCCGAUGCCUUGCAGAUCGAUCUUUCAAAAAAUAUGCUGAACUUUUAUCUUCGCCGAACGCCGAAACGAACGUUCUUACAAACCAUUUUCGAAAUAUCAUGGUGAUACGAGUUCUUCUUCGAGAAGAUCAAAUUACAGUCCGAAUACAUUUAAUAAAUCUGAUACGAAUCGUCUUCCUUAGAAUCACUCGUUGAAAGCGUUUUAAAGGCGAAGAUAUCAAUUAUUUUUUAAAAGGAAAUUCAUCUGCAUCGUGUUACAUAUUCUCUCGAGGGGCACGCGUACCAAUCAAAUAUGAAAGUUUCAACUAAUAUUGUUAUCUUACCGACGCGAGAAAGCACUUGGCGAUCAAUUUUAAAUGAAAUAGAAAAAAAAAAGACAAAAUAAAAAGAAACGAGAAAACUUGAUAACUUUGCCAAAUUCACAUAUAUAUAUAUAUAUACAUAUAUAUAUAUAUGUAUAUAUAUAUAUCAUCUAGCCUUCUCGUCAUUUGAUUAUUUUCAUUAGUCGAUUGCUUUCUCGAUUCGCGAAUGUACGCAAAUGAAAUGAAAUGAAACAAAACGAAACUAAAUGAAACGAAAUGAAAUGAAAUAAAAGAGGAAGAAGAAAAAAAAAACAAAGAUAAGACGAACGAAGGCAAAUAGAUAUUUGCAUUCUUAUCGGAGUUAAGUGCUCACGAAGAGAUAUAAGAUAAAUAGAAAGAAAAGAAAAAACAUGUAAUUAUGAUCGAUUCACGCUCACUGUCGUGUGUCUCUCUCUUCGCAUAUUAUUAGUGUUAAAUAUAUGGGCAAUGGCAAAAUAUUCGAAAUGGACUUAAAGUCUGACGAACGGACAAAAGUCGCAGCGCGACGAGCGAGUUUAAUUGAAGAGAUGAAAAAAAGAAAUAAAGGGAGAAAAAAGGGAGGAAAAAAAACGCAUAAAAAGGAGAGAAAAUAAAAUGAAGUUAAAUCGAUUGCGAUUAAAGAAGAGAAAAAAAAAAUACCUUUUUGUCCAAUUAAAUCAUUAAUAUGAUGAAUCUUUCUACACGUUCGUACAUCCCUCUUGAAAUACACGUAUAUAAUAUAUAUACAUAUGUGUGCAUAUAUAGGAAGAAAGUAAAUCAAUAUAUGUGUGCACAUAUAUUGUAUACUAUAUAUUAUAUAUAUAUAUAUAUAUAUAUAUAUACAUAUAUAUACAUAUAUAUAUAUAUAUAUAAAUAUAUAUAUUAUAUUUAACUUAUGCGUAUAGCAGAGAAUUUCCAUCUACGAAAACUAGGAGGAACAUUUUUUUGCCAUUUUGUUAUACACACAUACACGCGCGCACACGUACAUAAUUAUGCGGAUGUUCGCUAUGUGCGCAAAGAAUAUACAUAUAUGUGUACGUGUGCAUGUAUGCAUGUAUAUAUGCAGAGUGUUUCGAUACGAACUGGCGGAUGAUUGGAGUCAACGUUUUAAGACUUAAAAAAGAAAGGAAAAAAAAGGGGAGGGGUGAGUGGGAAAAAGGAUUUAAAAGAAGAAAAAGAAAGAAAGAAAAAACUGGUUGGUUACAGUAAACUAGGAUCGACUAUUAACUAAAGUUCCCAAUUUUUGUGAAACUUAUUAUAAAUUCGUGUUACGAACAGAUGCGAACUACUUUUUGCCCUCUCUCUCUCUCUCUCGUUAUUCCUUAAUUACACGCAGAAGAAUGAGAAGCCAUUUUUAUAAUACAUAUUCGUUUUACGAGAUUGCCUCCGAUCAUCGGUUCGAAUUUAUAAUGACAAAUAUAUGUUGUAAGAGACAUACAUAUAUGAAUGCAUGCGCGCGUGUAUUCGAAUGUGAGCGUGUACGUACGCAGCGUGUUAUUUGAAAGCGCGUGAAAAGAGACACGGAGCAUAUCUCGCCGAUUAAAAUAAUCCUUAUGAUAUUAUUAUCUCCUUUCCGUUACUCGCUUUCUUUUUCGAUUUUCUCUUUUUCUUGGUACUGAGGGUGCUAUUAGUAGGGGAGGGGUGGGGUUGGGGGUAGGGACGGGGCCGCGAGGGGGGGGGGAGAAGGAGAGAAUUUGUUUUUCUUUUUUCUCCUUUUCUUUUUUUUUUCCUUCAACAUGCAAGCAACUCUUUCCGAUUAACAACUUACAACUAAUCGAUUUCAAGAAAUAUAAAAAGAAUAAGAUUAGCAAGUCUGAAAGAAAAGUUACUAGAUUUCAUUUGACAAGCUAAUCGCAUAGAUAGACACAAUUUACGUCUGCUUCGAAGAAGAUCUAAUCCAUUGGAAAGGAUUACGUGCGUAUGCGCACGCGCUCUAGCGCGCAUUCACGUACGGUGGCACGCGCGCGCACGUAUCUAUGCGUAUGUACCUGUAUUGAUACAGAUGCAGAUACGAUUUAAUAUAUUACAGCUACUAUAUAUAGGUAUAUAUAUAUAUAUAUACAGAUAUAUAUAUAUAUAUAUGUAUAUAAAUAUAAGUAUAAAUAUAAAUAUAAACAAUUAAUUAAAUUAAUUAAAUUAAAUUAAAUUAAAUUAAAUUAAAUUAAAUUAAAUUAUAAUUAUAAUUAUAAUUAUAAGGGAUAGUUAUUUCUACUGUUCUAAUUCGUCGCUUCUACGUGUGAUUGUUGUAUAAAACGAUUUAUUGUUUUAUUAUUAUUAUUAUUAUUAUUAUUAUUAUUAUUAUUAUUAUUAUUAUUAUUGUUAUUGUUAUUAUAUGAUUAUCAUUAACGUUAACGACUAUUACUAUUCAUCACUACCGCAAAGGAUAAAGAAAAUGAAGAUAAAGAUGAAGAAUCACUAACUAAUAUUAAAACUAAUCGAAUUAUAGUAAUUCCAAAAAAAAGAAAAGAAAAAUGCGUACAGAUAUAACAGAGCUAAGAUGACGAUUUCUCGUUUUCUUUUUUUUUUUUUACCUUCUUUUUUGUCCAUAUAGAGUACGAGCAGGUUCAAAUUAAUAACGUUAUAAACGAUGUCUUUAUUGAAACACGUAUACACGAAUGCAUAUACACAUACACAUACACACACACACACACACACACACACACACACACAAAAGCCCUUUAUAAAAUUACAAAUCCUUAAAGCGAACGUAUUAGACGAACUCUAAGCUUAAUAUAUCCUUUUUAGAUAAUUAUAUUUCAUUCGAAAUGAAACUUCGAUGCACACGCACGGGCUCUAUAGCACACGUGCCACCGUCGUCUCGUUUGUUAUAUAUAGGUAUAUAUAUAUACAUAUAUAUAUAAAUAUAUACCUAUCCUUUUGUUAUUUUUUUAUUUUUAUUUUAUUAGUGUUGUGUUUAUUUCUCGUUUCUUUUUGUUUUGUUUUUUUCCUUUUUAUUCUCUUGUUUAAAAGGAUAAGUCUUUUUAAAAAUGUCAUAUAAGUUAAACGUAUCCGCUUUCCGGAAUGACUCGUGGACUGAUUCUUGCAGAGAUAUUUCGUUAAUUGCACAAGAACGACGAUGACGAUAACGAUGACGACGAUGACGACGACGACGACGACUACGACGAUGACAAAUUGAAAUUAGAAAAAUGAAAGCUGCGUAAACCUUCUGUUUCGAACUCUAUCUAUAUUUAUGAUCGAAAUAUUUAUAAAGGAAAGUAAGAAUAUUUAGAGAGAAAGGGAAAGAAAGAAAGAGAGAGAGAGAGAGAGAGAGAGAGAGAGAGAGAGAAUAUAUAGCUCUUUUAGAUUCGAAGAUCUCUCGACACUUGUCAGGCUUCUUCGUAUCGUCCUAAACGUUUCGAUGACUUUUUCAAUAACUAUCCUUAACCUUAGAAAGUAUGAAAAAAAGUAAAAAAAAGAAAAAAAAAAAAAUACCAAAAAAAGAAACAAAAAAAAAAACAAAAUAAAUAAAUAAAAUAAAAUAAAAAGGAAUGAUUUCGUCGAAGUUACAGGCUCUUAGCAGAUCGUACACAUUCCGUAUUAGAAUCUUUUCUUUUCUAAUCUUUUCUUUACCUUUUCCUUUUCCUUCUUUUCCUUUUUCUUUUUCGUGACUAUAUAUAUAUAUAUAUAUAAAUAAAUAUUAUUUUUCUUUUUAACUUUCCUCCAAUCUAUCAUCGUCGCAAAACGUCGAGACUCGUAUCUAAACUUGUCCCUCGCAAAAUCAAUGCGAUUGGCCGAUGAUACUUUCGCGAACGAACGUGUGUGUGUGUGAUUGAUCGAGAGAAGUUUGUUUAUUGUUUUUCUUUUUUUUUUUUUUUUCUUUUCUUUUUUGUCUUCUUCCUUAUUUUUGCUUUUCUUUCCUUUUCUUUCAUUUUCUCAUAUUUUUUUUUUCCGAACGAACGAAGAAUAUCUUAUAAUACCUACGUUCUUAUCGUACGACUUCUUAAACGAUCUUAUCCACGUCUCGUUGAAAUUCUCUUAAUGGCGCGCUUCCUCGAUGUUCUAUCUUCGUAACGUUCCUUACGGUGCCUACGAUCUAAUUCGCCUGGCGAGUAUGAAAACGAUAUAAAAUUAAAAAAAAAAAAGGAAAAAAAAAAAAAGAAAAAAAGAAAAAAAGAGAGAGAAAAAAAAAGAAACCAACAAGAACAAUCCCUUAUUCUGUAUCGGUGUUUCUCGUCAUGCUCUCAUGUCGGUAUGAAAAAUGCAUAUAUAUGUGUGUAUGUGUGCAUGUGUGUAUGUGUGUCCUCUGCGUGUGUGCGUGUGCGUGUGUGUUUGUGUGACAUAUGCGUAAGCUACCGAUAUUAGAUUUGGAUAGCACUUUAAAGAAAAAAAAAUCGUUACGAUCAAUGGAUCGAUGAUAAGUAUGUUUUUGGUGUAAGUGUAUUGCGUUUCAAUCGAGUGGGUGCAUGUUAUUCCGAUUAGCAUAACAUACGUAUAUUUAUAGUAUAUAUAUAUAUAUGUAUAUAUAUAUAUAUAUGUAUAUGUGUGUAUGUAUAUAUAUAUAUAUAUAUAUAUACACGAACGAAAUUAACUACACGAAUGGAAAACGACUUGGUGAGCGAAAGAAGAAAAGCUUUGUUCUCGGAACUUUCAUUGUUAUACCAUGUGAUUACACUUUUAUGAAAUUUUUUAACGUUAAUUUUACGUUAUAACUUUCCUUUCUACAAUGAGUAUACUUAAACUUAAUAUUUCCAACUCGGCUCAACUCGCAUUUGAAAACAGUUUUGCUUUUGUACAUGCAUAUAUACAAUUGGCUGGCCAAUUAAAUUAAUUUUUGCUCGCUAAGGAGUUUUGAAAGAAAAAUGUUGUUUUAUUGCGACAAAACAAAUGAGAAAAAGGGAUAGAGUCUAUAAAAAGUGGUAGAAAAACCCUUGGCUCGAGUAACGCAUUAAUUCGAUAGUACAUGUAUGUAUAUAAGUAUGUUGGAUUUCGGUUAGAAAAGAAAAAAAAAAAGAAAAAAAAAACGGAACUCUCGAGGCUUCGGACUCUUUCUCUUUACAUAAAGCGCAUUAAAGAAAAAAUAAUAUAUGGGCCAUAAUAAAAGUCGAGCUGUGCUCCGAUUAACGUCUUUAUAGAUUCUAAUAAUCAUUAAGAUUGAUCGUCGUAAUAGAAUGAUUAUUAUUAUUAUUAUUAUUAUUAUUAUUAUUAUUAUUAUUAUUGUUAUUGUUAUUACUAUUAUUAUUAUUACUGUCAUCAUCGUUACAAUCGUCAAGAUUAUUGUUGCGGUCAUUACGUACGUGUAUCGUUAUUGAUGAAAAAUAAUAAUUUGCGAGUUACAGCCAUUUGUCGAAAGAAAAAGAAAGGGAAAGUGAGUGUGUGUGUGUGUGUGUGUGUGUGUAUAUAUAUAUAUUUGUGUACGUGGUCUUACACGUACGAGAAGAAAAAAUUUAUUAGAAAAUUUUAAAGUAAAAGGAAAAAUUGUUUUUCGUUCAAAUUCUAGUAUGUGGCUCGAGAAAAACGUACGAGAGAGAAAAAAAGAAUUAGUAUGGAUGCGUGUGAAUGUCUCUCAGUGUGUUUGAGAGAGAGAGAGAGAGAGAGAGAGAGAGAGAAAUAACACGUUCGAUGAAAAAUCUUUAAACGAUCGAACGAACCGAGGCACCGUAUGUGUAUAAUCUCGAGGAAACGCUAAUGCUAAAAGUUAAUUAUUAAAUCUUCUCUCAUCGGUAUAUUUAAUAUAAUAUAUUUAUUAUUACAGAUAUUAUGGAUUUACGGAUAAGCGGAUAAGCGAUUGAUUACAAAACUUUUGUCCCCAUGUUCAGAGAAAUAAAAAGGAAAGAAAUACAUCUCCGUGAAAUACUGCCGA